GUGCCUGUCACACCAACUCCCAUACCAACAAGUCAUAAUGAAGAAGACGACUUCAGAUGAGUCAAGAUAAAAAAUUUCCCAAUCGUGACGGCCAAGGAAGAAGAAGAAAGAGGAGGGAAACCCCAUCAUUUUAGUGCAUAAGAAAUGGCUUCCAGAGCCAAUAAUCUACCUCAGAAUAUGCAGAAUGCCCAUAUGCAACCUCAAGAACAAAGACUUCCACCUACAAGCUCCAUCAAGGUACCAGAACCAGUCAUCCAGUUUGAAGCAACAGUAACAGGUCAAUUUUUCAGGAGGUUGUUUCAGAUCAUUUUCUAUGUACAGCUAGGCCUGAUUUUCAUCUUGGUGAUCACCUUGACCAUCCGUGGCCUCCUUUCCGCUGCCAACCAUCACCACUUCCGCCCCAGGGAAUGGUACCCUCCACUUCUUGUUUCAAUAGCAUGUGCAGGUUUUGUUUCCUUGACAUGGCAAUGGAUCACCUUCAUCAAGCCACGAAAAGCGAUCAAAGCGGCCUUUUGGAUCAGUCCACUGCUGACUUGUGGUGUUGGGGUUCUACAUGUGUUGAUUGGCUCCGCUGGAAGUCUGGCAGUCGGCUCAAUUGCAUUGGUUAUCGCCCUGAUUCUAUCCCUCUACAGUUGUUGGGUGACUCCAAGAUUUGAAUAUGCUGCCAAGAUUUUGUCAGUCUCGACUGCUUUCCCUCCUGCUCAAACCACUGGAUUUGUCCUUCUGUGGGUAGCUGCCACAGUCGUCUAUUGCUCCUUCAUGGUGAUGGGAAUUGGAGGAGCGACUGCCACCAGAACUGGAAUCGAUAUCUUGUUCAUCACGGUGAUCGUCCUCAGCCUGGCAUGGACCCUGCAAGUGAUUAAAAAUAUGCUGUAUGUCACAAUCUCGCGUGUUAGAUACUUGAACUUUGCCUCUGGGGAAGAUAUGGACGCAGAAGUGGCACUAAGGGACACAUUUAGGCAUCUGACAGGAAGUGUGUGUAUUGGCUCAGGCCUUGUUCCGGUAAUCAGUGUCAUCAGAGGCUCCUCGCGAGCCAUUAAUCUGUUUGCCAGAGACAGCGAUGAGUUUCUGUUCUCCUGUGCAGAUUGUUACUCAGGAGUUGCUUCAUGUCUCAUAAGAUGUGGAAAUAGGUGGGGUUUUGUUCAUGUGGGGGUUUAUAACAAAGGGUUUGUGCAGGCAUCAUCAGAUACCUGGGAAAUGUUCAAGAGGGCAGGAAUGGUAGAACUGAUCGACUCUGAUCUCACAGGGGCGUUCUGUUUUCUUUGUGGAGUGGCAGGGGGAUCAAUCUGCAGCCUGGUCGCAGGAACCUGGACAUUAAUAAUUCAUAAAAGCUAUGCUUCAGCAGUGUCAAUCUAUGCUUUCCUUAUGGGCUAUUUCAUGUGCCGAAUAGCAAUGGCAUGGCAGCAAGCAUGUGUUUCAGCUUACUAUGUUGCUUAUGCUGAGAACCCUGAAAGCCAACGGUUCGAUGCAACCAUCCCAGCUCGGCUUGAAGAGCUUAAGAGAUAUCGAGAUUGAGAGUAUAAUAACAGCAAUCUUGAAGCAGUUCCCAGUUGUGGAAGAAGCAGCAGACUAAACUACCAAAAACGCAUUUGUGAUCUAAGUAAAUAUGGUUUUGUAGUGAGCCACCACCUAGGAAUACAAUUUUGAGAAGCAUCUAAAGUUGUGUAAAGAUAAUUCUGUCUAGUGUCUGUAAAUAGCAUACGACUAUUCUUUCAAGUUUGAAGACCCCAGCUCAAAUGGGAUAUUGUCUCUUUUUUCAAUGCAAUGGAAGUUAAAGUCCACAAAACAUAUUUCGA